AUGCAUUCUUUCAAGGAGAAAGGACAGACAACUCUGAAUUCAUGUUUUUUUGAAGCUGAUUUCCCUAGAAUAAAUGAAGUUGAUAUCAGAUCAUUGAUCAUUUGGUUGAAGAAGAGGGCAACUACCAAUGAAGCUUAUGAAGAUGCCCUACAACUCCUAAGGAAAUAUGUGCUCGACAUGGUUAUUGAUUUCAGUGUUGACUUGGAAAUUGGACAGCUAGGAGAAAAGGAAGUUCACGAGCCAGAUUUGUAUCCAAAUAUGGAAAAUGGGUCACCUAGUAACAUACUAAAGAAACCACACAGAGGAGUAGUAUUAUCUUCUAAGGGUCGACUGAGAUUUAUGAGAAUCUCUCAGAAACAUCUAUUCUCUUAUGAGUUCAUUCAGUAA